GCCUGUACUGUAGAAGCACAUCUACUGACAAAUAAAAGACUUUACAACUAAGCUUUGACGAAAUACAGGGAACGAUUAUAUAUAUAAAAAAUCGAUUUUCUUUAAAAAAUAAAAAUACUGUGAAAACAAACCAGGUCAAUACGGACCAAAUAAUAUUGUGUCAUCUAGUUGUAUUAUUGUUAAUAGUUCUUAAUUUCUAGUGGACUAACAGGUUCGUUCCCAUACACUGCACGCGCUGUCGUGGAUGCUGUGAAGAAUAUCCGUUUCUCCUCACGACUGUUGUUUGUCUAGAGAGGUCAUGGGUAUCGGCGACCCUCUCGAGAUCUCAAGUAGUGAGUUAGUUCAUAUUUUGCGGACUCCCACUGAGCUCUUCGCGUCUGGGGGAUGCAUCGUGUUGGACUGCCGGCCGUUCCUCGCCUUCUCCCGAGCGCACAUCCUCGAGUCCCGCAACGUCAACUGGAAUUCCAUGCUGAGACGGAGGUCCAAGAGCUCCGUGGUGUGUCUGGAGUGGCUGGUGGCCGAUAAGUCGCUCCUGGCCCAGCUGCGGAACGGGGACUUCUCUCCGGUGGUGGUGCUGGAUGACAACAGUCGCUCGGUCCGAGAUCUGAAGAGCGAGAGUCUGGCCAGUCUCCUCCUCAGCGCCCUUCAGUCAGAGGUCCAGUCUGCCUCGACGCACAUCUGCUUCCUACAAGGUGGAUUUGACGGGUUCUUCGCACAUUAUCCAGAGCUCUGCUUAAGCCCUACUGUCAUGUGCUCAAAUCAUCCUGCUCUCAGCGAUUCAGAGCCCAUUGUUUCCGGAAGAAAGACUCCUCUCUAUGAUCAGGGUGGUCCAGUCGAAAUCCUCCCCUUCCUCUUUCUGGGCAGCGCACAUCACUCAUCCAGACGGGAGACUCUGGAGCGAUGCGGGAUCACCGCUGUGCUCAACGUAUCCUCUUCCUGUCCCAACCUGUUCGAGGAGGAACUUCAGUACAAAACUCUGAAGGUGGAGGACAGCCUGGCCGCAGACAUACGCGUCCUCUUUCCAGAGGCCAUCCACUUCAUCGAUUCGAUAAAAGAGAGUGGUGGUCGAGUGCUGGUCCACUGUCAAGCAGGAAUCUCCCGGUCAGCCACCAUCUGCCUGGCGUACCUCAUUCACGCCCGACGCGUCAGUCUGGACGAGGCCUUUGACUUCGUAAAACGCCGCAGACAAGUCAUCUCACCAAACCUAGCUUUCAUGGGCCAACUUCUUCAGUUCGAGACGGACGUUUUGUGCCCCUAUUCUGUAAUAAACAGAGAGAAUAGUGGCACAUUUUAAACUGGCCGCACUAACUUUCAGAAAACAGAUCUACUGGCCACAGCUUUGACUUCAAAGACUGGGGCAGAUCUGCAAAGGUGCUUUCAGAGAGUUUUAGUUUGAUGCUAUCUAUGGCUGUACAAACAGAGAGACAUGAGACAUUUAAUAAGGGGAUCAAAUGAGGCAUCUCACCCUUUGAACUACACCAUGAAAUAACUCGACUUGUUUGGGUAACGUUUUAGAUGGCAUCCACUGACUACCAGUUCUUGAUUGUUUAUGGCAAUACAAACUAUACAUAGAUAAAUGCCUUCCUGUGUUUCUAGACAACAGCGGCAUCGCUGACACACUGCUACACCCAAUAGCCCUCAUGGAAAAUUUUGACAUUUGUCAUUUUGACACUGUACUACUGACCCAAGAUAACUUGUGUAUGAGUUUCGAUGAAACAGACAAACAACUUCUGUCAUGCAAAGAUGGGUAGUAAUGUAGGCUAAAAAAGUAUUUUGUUUUCAUUUUAGCUUCAACAGUAAUAUAUGUUUAGGAUGUAUGUGCACAGAUUGUCAUACUGUGAACAAUGUUGCAUCAGUCGAUGUUCCGUUUGACUGCGGUGACUGAUGUUGUGACCAUAUAAGGCUGUGACGUGUGGUUAGUCUUCGCUUUGGUAAAUGUCAAGAUUUUCCAUGAAGUUACUGUCUAAUUGUCAGCCUCGAGCAAGUUUAAAAGGGCAAAGACCUGACAAACUGUGAUCUUAGGUCAUUUUAAAAGUAAGUUUAAUUGUUGCGAUAGAUAACAGGCACUGAAGCCUUUUUGUAAUUUAUUUUAUUUAUUUUUUUUUAUAAAGUGUUAUUUUAUUUCCUUUCUUUUUGUAAAUAGUUAUUUAUAUAUUUUCAUUCAAGAAAUGCACUUUAAAUUGCAAUUGUUUUGAUAAUAAUAUCUUUUGUAAG